GAAAUGUUGCGGCCUAUUUUUCAUUCUACCACAAUACGUUCUGCUUUAGCAUUGGCAGCUCGUACUUUUACGUCCACUGUCAGUGCAGGUGGACCAACUUUUGCUUUGACCGAGGAACAACAAGGUUUUCAAGAACUUGCUCGCAAAUUCGCUCAUGAAGAAAUCGCGCCAAAGGCAGCACACCAUGACCGAACCGGCGAGUAUCCAACAGAAAUUAUUAAAAAAGCUUGGGAACUUGGUCUAGUAAAUACCCAUAUUCCUACAGAAUUUGGUGGUCUUGGAUUUGGUGUUUUUGAUUCCAGCCUAAUUACUGAAGAAUUAGCUUGGGGUUGCACGGGCAUUCAGACAGCUAUUGAGGCAAAUGGACUUGCAGAAGCUCCAUUACUUGUAGCUGGAAAUAAAGAACAGAAUAAAAAAUAUUUAGGUCGUAUGACAGAAGAGCCGCUUAUGGCCGCCUAUUGCGUGACAGAACCUGGCGCAGGUUCAGACGUUGCCGGAAUAAUAACCAAGGCAGAAAAAAGAGGCGAUAAAUGGGUUAUUAACGGACAAAAAAUGUGGAUCACUAAUGGCGGUAAAGCCAAUUGGUAUUUUAUUUUGGCUCGUAGUGAUCCAACCGCAAAAGCUGGUUCCGCAUUUACAGGUUUUAUUGUUGACGCAAAUACACCCGGUAUUUCACUUGGCAAAAAAGAAAUAAAUUUAGGACAACGCGCAAGUGACACGAGAGGUGUUACAUUCGAAGAAGUUGUUGUGCCUCAAGAAAAUGUCCUCGGAUCUCCUGGUCAAGGUUUCAAGAUUGCCAUGGCUGCUUUCGAUAUCACACGUCCAUUAAUCGCAGCUGGUGCUGUGGGAUUAGCUCGUCGUGCUAUGGAAGAAGCCCUCAAAUAUUCACUUGAAAGAAAAACAAUGGGACAAACAAUCUUCAAUUACCAAAGUGUAGCAUUCAUGCUUGCUGAUGCUGCUAUUGGGAUUGAAGCGGCGCGCAAUAUGGUUUGGAAGUCUGCCUGGUUGCGUGAUCAAAACCAGAGAAAUACAUAUUAUGCAUCUAUUGCAAAGGCGCUGGCUUCUGAUGUUGCCGUUACUACAGCUAGUAAUGCUAUUCAAAUUUUUGGUGGAAAUGGGUUCAAUACUGAAUAUCCGGUCGAAAAAUUAUACCGUGAUUCUAAAAUUUUCCAAAUUUAUGAGGGAACUUCACAAAUUCAACGACUAAUUAUUUCUCGGCAUUUAGCUGAAAAUGCAGCUAAUAUGUAAUAUUAGAACUACUGGUUAUAUUUUUCUAAUGGGUCAAAAAUUCCCUUACAUUUAUAGAUAUCUAGGAUCGUUUUAAAAUUCAUAAAUAAACUCGAAUUUAAAUUAUUCAAGUUUUUCUUGCUGCGAUAGGUGUUAUAGAUUCAAAAAAAAGGAUGUAUGCAAAUAUUUACUUUUAUUAAAUUAUUCUUAAACCUGUCCAUUAUCAUCAUAUA